CAAUAUUCGACCGGAUGAAUGAUUUCUAUUUUUAGAUUCAUGUUAAAAUGUACAGUCGGCCAUGUUGAAUAUAAUUUUUACCUUAACGGAAUAAAUCAUGAUGCAGAGGCAUUAUUUUCUUAUGCCAUAUUUUAGGCAAAGCAACGACUGUCAACUGAGACACUGAUCGAUUCUCAUACAUAUACUCACAGUAAGCGCACAUUUGUUUUCGCAAGAUAAUCCAUGUUCCGUACUAACACAGAAACCGGUUAUUUAUAAAAAUGCUUUAUAGUGUCUCAAACUUACGAACUUCGGACUAAAAUACAAAGACAAUCCGCAUUUCUUUUGGUCUUACUAUUUUAAUGAACCCCACUAUUGUGGAUUUUCCUCCAUUUAUAAAGACAAAGCACAAACAACCAAACCUGGGACAGUCAUCUAUAAAAAAUUCUAUUUACUUUUGUUAUCUCAGUAUUGGCCAAGACUAGUGUUAUCUUCAUCAAUGACAAAAUUUAUAAAAAAUUAAGGUUUGUAAGCGCUGGUGUUUUUGAAAGUAGCCACUUAUAAUCUGAUCAUCCAAUUGAAUUCAAUACGGAAAUCAUAUAAACAACUUUGAGCCAGGCAGAGAUUAAUAAACAAAGAGUUCUAACAGCUAAACUCUGUGAUGGAGACAUUAAAAUCUGAUGGAAAGAAAAACAACCUAGAAUUGUAUUUGAAUGAUGUUUAUGAAAAGGAAUGUGUAUUCAAAAUAGAACAGGAAGAGGUUGAGUUUAUUCAGACAGGGAUAGAGACUCUUGUGCAGGAUCUUGUUGAUCAGAUACUAGCAGAUGACAGAAUCCAUCAACUCCUAUCUGAUGAAAUUGAUAGAUUUCUUGAGGAAAUAUAUAAUAAAAAGAAUAUAGUUGAAGUCUAUUUCCCAAGACAGAGUGACUGUUCUCUUCAAAGAUAUAUAGCAGAAAAUGCAAGUGGUGUAAAAACUGUCAAAAGCACUAUCAUAACGGUUGGUAGCUUUUAUGACGGAACGAAGAAUAACUUUCCAGAUGAGUUUGACUUUAUUUUCCCUGUUUUAGGCUUAAGAAAACACGCCUUUAAUCUUUCUACUACUCCUUUAUUGUAUCCUAUUCGAAAUGCGAUUCGUUCAUCUAGAAUGUCAUUAUACUACACCAAUCUGUGUGAAAAACAUCAUGUAACACGGAAAAUAAACUUUGAAAAAUUUAUAGGUGAACAUGGUCCAGCAUGUAAGAUGCAGUUCAUUUACAGUAAUGGAUCUGGGGAAAAAAUACCUAUAUAUGUAGAUCUUGUACCAGUUUUCAAGAUAAUUGAUAGUAAUACUCUACAGUGGUUUGUGAAGGAUGUUACAGAAUAUGUGAAGCCUAAAACAUUUCGUGAAGCGAUCUUAUCAGAAGAAAAGUGCCUCACUGUAAAUGGUAAUUUGUCAUUUACUGAGAUAGAGCAGCAUUUUAUGAAGAACAUUUUAUCAAAGAAACAUGUGAAAGUAACUAGGAUCCUAAAGUAUCUUUUGAAUGGAAAUGGCGAUGGUGAAAAGCUUGAGGAAAACAAUAAACUAUCGUUGUUAGAUCUUGGAAUUUACUAUACCUCAUAUCGUAUAAAAGUACUUAUGAUCUAUCAUCAUGAAGUCUGUACAAACACUGACACAGAUGACUUAGGACCUUGUGUUCUACAGGUGUUGAAGGAAAUGAGUACACAUGAAACUCUUGAAAGGUUCCCUAUGUUUAUCCGCAGUGUUUAUACACUUCGUGCGUUCUGUAUGCUACCAUACCUAAAAUUCACAAUAGCAACUUUGCAGUCAAUGCAAAUGUCAGAAGACAGUUACGACUAUGAGCGAGAUAAAAUAAAGUCCGUAUCUAGACAAUAUUUGGACUCUGUUACUUUACUUGAAAAAAUUAGACAAAGGUGUGUUAUAUUAUAACAAAUAGAUCCCUUCAAGCCGAAUGAUAAAAUGCAACCAACCUAAAUAUUUGCAGACUUUGUGUAAUUGCGUCUUCUCAAGAUAGAUGAAUAGUACAACAUCAUGUUUUUCAUAAAUGUUACUGUAAGAAUGUACUAUUGUGUUAGAUAUUUCACUUUAUUAUAUACAUACUUAUAUAUAUCUGAUACUUAUACACAAAUGUCGGGAAAUUUAGAUGAAAUAAAAUGUAUAUUUA